UUCUCGGAAAAGUCUAGUCCUCUUAAAAGAGCCAGCAUGGAAACUUUGGUUCCUAGGUCUCAUCUGCCAUCUCGAGAUUUUGAUUCUCUCCUCUCUCCCAAUUUUCUACCUCAGAUCUUUUCUUAUACAAGAAUCCUUCCCCGCUUCCUCUACACCGCAUCUCUACACCUCAGCUCUGUGGGAUCUACCCUGCAUACUUUCCUCUCCAUACCUCAGCCCCACUAGUUUCGUAUCGGGUCACUCUCCGAAGUAUACUUUUCUAUACACCGCGUGAUCUUUGCAAGGGGACAAAACUAUAACUCCCCUCUUUUCCUCCCGUCUUCCCUCUCGUCACGGAAACUCUUCAACCAGUCUCUAUACACUCGCACCAAAUGGCUGCUGUCGACUGUAUGUCGAUGGCCUCGCGCCAUCAUCCACACCACCCUUACAACCACCAGCACGGCCGAGAUCGGGAACGCCGCUCGAGCUAUUCCACCCUGGGCAGCAAUAACCCGUAUGCCCAAUACAUGUCACCAGCAUCUUCAGUGAACUCUCACACACACCCCAAGCGGUCUCGCUCGGGUUCCUUCCCCUCCGUACCCACCGUUUCCAUGGAUUCACGCCGGCGGUCCGGCUCUCCCGAGCACCAGCCGGUGUACCCGAGACAGCGAGAGAGCUCGGGAUCCCGGCGACGUCGCUCGCAGCAGCGAUAUUCGCGAAACUCACAGCUUGUGAAUCCGGAUAUUAUUGACAAGCUGGACGAUGUGACUUCCUAUUCUUAUCACCACGAGGGUCCAUAUGAUGCGGUUUGCCCCGAGCGCAAUCGUAUUAGCCAUCACAGUCCGCUCGAGGCAGUCAGAGAGUCGAAUGAAGAAGCGCUACGUGCUACGCCGCGCGAUAAGAUUAUCGAUUCCUUGCACAGCCACCGCCCACUCGAUGGCACGGCUUAUUUCCCUCCCGGUACGACCGACCGGGAUGGACAAACGUACGAGUAUGAAGAAGGAUCGAAUAUGAUGGAUGAAUACGGGAUGUUUAUGCGCCUUCCUGGCCAGAAAUUCACCGACGAGGAUUUCAAGAAUGACCCAUUCUAUAAUCAGCCCAUCCCCAACCCAUUCGUUCAACUGAAGAAGAAACUCAGUCUACGCCGCAACAAGAGGCGGAGUAGCGCCUAGACGUGUCCUCGUGACUUUGUUUGACUCGACCCUCUCUCUGUCAUUUCCUAUAUUAUGAUUCAAUGACGAUGUACGCACUUUUUCUGUUAUGACUGGACGAGACCCUGAUAAUGAGCUGGAGUUUGGGAUACUGGGAAUCCGGUCUGGUUGAUUUUAUGUUUAUUCCAUGUUUUGAAUGUCUGCGGCCUCGACCGCGCUCUUGCUCAGGUGUUUAAUAGGGAACUCGGCGUUAUGGAUGUCACGGAUAUGGAACCUGAGUAUUUAAGAAUUAUUGCAAUCGAAUCGAUUUCCCAAGAUCACAG